UGCGCCCAGACCCCUACCAAACACCGAAACACCUACGACUCGUCAUUCAACUACAGGACCUGUGCACCUUCCAGGAACCUCCAGAGGACUCGGCCAUCCCCCUCUACGUUCAUUUUUGAUCCUUCAGCCGGAUAUUUUUCUUUUAUACCCCGCUUCGGUGGCUCGAUCCUCUUCAACAUACAACAGCAAGAUAAAUCAGAAAAAAGGCUCCCCGAACACGCACCGAAGAACCCCUGGACGGCAGACGUACUCGAGGUAUUAAAUCCUACCGUUGCCGAGUCUGCAAGGGAGUCCAUCCUCUACGGAAGUGUAGCAGGUUUCUGAAGCUGAGCGCUGAGAAGCGGCUUCGUGCAGUCUUGGUAAACAAGUAUUGCUCGAACUGUCUUGCCCACGACCACUCGAAAGCUGACUGUCGCAGUGGAAAAUGCAAGAAGUGCCAACGGAACCACCACACGCUGCGCAGCGUUCGCGCCGGCAAAAAUCCAAAAAAAAGCCAAAUCGCCCGACGCCUACGUCAAGGCAGCGCUCAGCGUCCCCUACACCAGCUCCGUCGCUUUCAUCGCUGCUACAACGUCACAGCGUCAACGUCCUUCCGACUGCUUCGGUGAUGGUGAAGACCGGAAGCAAGACUUUCGAGACCGCAGCUUUAAUCGACCCUUGCACACCAGUGAGCUGCAUCGACGCUUCUCGGGCCACCGCAUUUCGGUUGCCAACGACCAUUGUUGGUGACGACAAGGUGUGCAACGCGACGAUACAGUCCAAAUGCGGGACAACCAAGAUGGAGGCCAAGGUGAGCAUUCGCACACCGACUCGGACACUCAACGACGCCGUUCGUACCAAAUUUAAGGGCAUACAGCUCGCGGAUGAGCGGUUCUAUCUUCCCGCCACAAUUUCUGUCAUUCUUGGGGCGGACGUGUACCCCAAGGUGAUCCAGUCGGGGUUCCUGAUGGUCGACGAAGGACUGCCGGUCGCCCAGAAGACGGUUUUUGGGUGGAUCAUUUCCGGCGCCUGCCACCAACCUUAGAAGCCAUCUUCUUUUGCAACGCUAGCGUUUGCAAGGGGGGCGGAAUGUUCAGGCCACGAAGGAGCACCCGGUAUUCCCGGCUUUCCGCUCUCCCCAUGUGCUCUCCGCUCUCACCCAGCUUCCCUUUUCCCCACCACGAA